GCAGGGAGCCCUCACAUGGGAGACCUGAUUCGGGACUACAGGAGAAGACUUGUGGGAAAGAAGCAAGUCUGGGAACUCUCAGGUGGAUGCCCUGGAGAGUGGGGCCCUGGAACAGGGGCUAAAGGAGUCCCUGGCAAAAUAAAUGACAAGUUGGGAGUGUGUAAUAACGACUCAAUUACCAAGCCAUUUCAGAGCACUAAAGAAAAAUACUUCAAGGUCCAAGCCAACAAUAUUCAUUGCUGUCUGAUUUCAAAAUUUCUCCAAGGAACAUUUCUAGCAGAAAUGGCAGAGAAAGUGAAUAACUUCCCUCCGCUCCCCAAGUUUAUUCCUCUGAAACCGUGCUUCUACCAGAACUUUGCCGAUGAAAUUCCCAUAGACUAUCAGAGUCUGGUGAAGAGAAUUUACCAUUUAUGGAUCUUUUACUGCAUCACACUAGUGGUGAAUCUAAUUGGCUUGGCCUGGUGGAUUGGUGGUGGUUAUGGCGUUAAUUUUGGCUUGGUCCUUUGGCUUUUUCUCUUCAGCCCCUGCAGUUACAUAUGCUGGUUCCGGCCUGCAUAACAAGGUUUUCGGUCUGACAGCUCUUUUAAUUUCAUGGCUUUUUUCUUCAUCUUUGGUGCCCAGUUUAUUCUGACUGUCAUACAAGCGAUCGGUAUCUCCAGCUGGGGUGCAUGUGGAUGGUUGGCAGCCACUACUUUUUCACUACCAAUGUUGCGUGCUGUGUUCAUGCUGUUUCCAGCCAUAAUGUUUACGAUGUCAGCGGUUGCGAUGUCCUUCUACUCCGUACAUAAAAUUUACCGAGGGGCUGGCGGAAGCUUUCAGAAAGCCCAGGAUGAAUGGAACAGCGGAUGGAGGGACCCCCCGAGCAGGGAAGCUCAGUACAAUAACUUUUCUGGAAACAGUCUGCCACAGUAUCCCACGGUGCCCAACUAUCCCACAGGAAAUCAAUGGCCUUAAGCAGCAACAGCUGUCAAACUGCCGGAUUAUCUUUUUUUUUUUUUUUGCUUCAUCAUAUUAGUUUUAUUAUUUGAAAUAAAUUGUUUACUAUAAUUUGGUUUUUUUGGUUUUUUUUUUCCCCCGUCAUUUUUGGGGUUUUUUAAUUCCCUUCUCCCAUGACUGCAGAAAAUCUGUGCACUCAGCAUGUACUGCCUCAGGGAUUUGCCCGUCUCGUUGGAACAUUUUAUUUUGUGCACAGUUGCCAGUAUUUGCCUUGCUGCAUACCGAGGAACUAUUCGCUGCCUUGCUUGGGGGAAUCCUCAAUGAUCAGUACGUGGAAAAGGCUGAUUUGCCCUCUGCGAAGAACACUUUAAGAUGCUCUUCCCUGCCCUCUUCAUUCUUAUCAGAUGUACAGUACACCACCACCAUCUUCCUGUUACUAAGCAGGGGACGCAAUGGAAAUGGGCAUCAACUGGUAUCUCCUGAUGAGUUUUCUGGAAUUUCUGUUCUCGAAGGGAAAUGUCUCCAUCUAUUUUAUUUUGUGCCUCCAUAAGAUUGAAAUUGGCAGCCAGGGCUCCCUUUUUGUUCAUAAAGCCCUUGAAGGUCUAAACCUUCUCUGAAUCUCUGUAGUGAGAAAAUGCUUUAGAUAACUUGCUCACAGUGAGUAAUUGCUGGACGUUGCAUCGAUGAGCAGAACCUCUAUUCAGCUGGUGAGGUAUUAUACUGUUACAAUUCAUUUUCCCCACCCCCAAAGGUUUUUUCUAUGAUAGAAUCUACAUGCUUUGAAAGUAACACUUCAUCUCACUUGUCUAUAACCCUUGCUUGCUUGUGGCUGAUUGAAAGCCCAGUGGAAUCACUGACUUCAGUGGGCUUUGGCUCAGACUGCAUCAGUUAUAGUCACUCUUAUGUAGACAGCAACACAGGACGUAGGCACCAUUUAAGUCCCGCUUAUGCAAUGUCUAGAUUUUGUGCUGGCCCCACGUAUCACCUCCUCCUGAUGAAUCUCACCCCACUGACAAACCCUAAAAAUGUAAAUAAUCUUCCGGCUACAGUUCUGUAGCUAGGUGGUAGAUAACUCUAAAUCUGAAUACUAAGAAUGAUGGGAGUAACUCCGUUAAAAUGGAUGGAUUAAUCCCUGAUUAUUCUGGCAUAAAUUAGAUCGAAUCGAUAAAGUUUCUUAUAUGCUUGUGAAUUGUUCUCCUCCAAUAUGUCACCUGUUAUACAAAAUGCUUAAUAGUCUUGUAAACGAUCCUUUAUUUAGUCAUGCAGGACCACUCCCCUGGUAUAUAGCCAGCUGUACAGCUCUUCUCUCUACUGCAGCAUGCAGGCAGAGAGAGGUGAUAUUGUCUUUCCCUAAGAAGUUGGUUGAGGGGAAGAGAGGGGUUCUGUUGAGAGGGUCUUUUCCUGCUGAGAACUAGGCUUUGUCUACACUACAAAUGCUUUCUGGUAUAGCUGUAACAACCAGAGCACCCAAGUGUAGACGUAGCAUAUGGUGACAGAAGUUUUCUGUGGCCAGUAACACCACCUCGCUGAAUGACAUCGGCUAUAUCGACAGAAGCACUCUUAAGCUGAUGAGCUGUGUCUGUACUUGGGGGGGGGGGGGCGGUGCUGACUUAGCUAUGUUGGCUAGGGGGGAUGUUGAAUUGUUUUGUUUCACAUCUUCAUCAGCUUAGCUGUGCUGGCAAAACUUUGUAGUGUAGACUGGCCAUAGUAUGUGUCAUAGUGCUGACUUCACAUCCUUUUGAUUGAUUUUCAUGUCACAAGUACUGGAAUCUGUAGGCAGAACAGUCUAAUUCCUUUCCAUUUUUACUAUAAACCCACGCAGUACAAGCUACAGUUUCUCGUUUCUCCUUAAAAAUCUGCUACUCAAUGUUGAGAUUUUUUUCCAAUCAGCUGUGAGAUUUGGAUGCCCGAUUUCCAUUAAUUUUAUGGGAAUUGAACCUCCAAAACCCUUCAGCAGCUUUGAAAGUCUCUGCUAAAGAUCCUGUGAGGUGCUAAAAGCCUUCAAUUUUGGAAAGAGACAUGAGGGAGGUUUGGUAUUUGUUCAGAUCUGCAGACUAGUGCUGGAUUCUGCUCUGUUGUGUUGAUGUGAAUCCAGAGUAACUCCAUAGCUAACAGUGGAGUUAUGCCAAAUUUACACUGAGUAACUGGAAACGGAAUCUGCUCCUGAAAGGCUUAAAAAAGGUCUCCAAGCUGGAUGGAAUCCAUUUGCAAAUGAUCUUUUGAAAAUGGUCUCAAUAUACAAGUGCCUAUUCAAUAAUAUAUUAGCUCCUGGGGGAGAGUUCUUCUUCCCCAGUGCCCCAUUUUGUUUAGUCUUAAUUUUUCCCUAUAUGCAUAUAUUGUAAAUAUUAAGUAAGUGAAAUGUACCAUGGGAUUUGUGUGACAUCUUUAUCAGGUGAACCAAAGCAACUAAUUAACACUGGAGACCAAAGCCUCCUUGAACUUCAGUUUAAAAGCAACAUUUCCCAUUGCUGCAAAGCCAGCCCUUUACUGGGCCUCUCAAAAUAUCUUUCUAUCACAUUCCUAACACGGGGGGGGGGGGGGUGUGUGUGUGAGAGAUUUGCUCAUAAAUACAAGGACAGAUGCUUGGAGCUUUGCUAACAGAAUACAGUCCAAUCAUGUUACCAAACUUUUAGUUGCCUUCAUCUUGUGCAAUGUGUUGUGUGGAUUUCUUUGCAUUCUUGCCAUCGAAAGGGUGGUGAAAGAGAUCUGCCUGUCAUUUAACUCCCUGGAAAUAUGAACAUGCUGCCCAGGGGAUGGGUCAAAAUUCCCAGUGCUUGGAUCCUGUUAACGAAAACUGGAGUCCUGCCUGUAAUUUGCCACGCUGGGAAGCCUAAACAUAGCAUGCCUGCCUAACCUCAUCCUUGAAAGUGUGGAAUAUCUUCUGCUCCUCUUGGCCAUUCUUUUCAAUAUGGGGUGACUGCGGGUGAGUCGUAAUUCCAGAAAGUUGACUCUAUCAAUGUGCUGCCAGAAUGUUGUGGCUUAUUUUUGGAAUCAUAGCUAUAUUUUAUAAAUGUAAUGUUUACAUUAGAUUUCUAAGGAACUAUCAAUGUUUUGGAGAAUUGUUAACCUGGACUUAGCCAACUUUAAUUUUUGUCUGCAUCAUGUUAUGUGGGAUGCUUUGUGUCAUCUGUGGAGUUCUUUGUUGUUUCCUUGCAGGGGUCAAAUAAAUCCUCAUUCUAUGCUCAA